AUGCGGCUUCCCUACGCACCGUCCACACCUCCCGCAGAUGCGCCAUCAUCUGUGGCAGAAACCUAUGCUCGCAUAGCUGCACGUCGCCGUCCACGACCACUCAUCCCGCUCGAUCUGACGCUGCUUCAUUCGCCGCCUGUAGCGAACGGAUAUAAUGCUUUUGUGGCCGCUCUUCGUACUGAGACAAUUGUGCCACAGUCUCUGCUUGAGCUGGCGAUUUCCCGGGUCGCCAUUCUGACUGACGCGGUCUAUGAAUGGAAUAUCCACGCAGCGUUGGCAUUGAAGGCAGGCCUAUCACCUGAGGCAUUGGGCGUUGCCAAGGGGACACUAAAAGGCAACGUCCAGCAUACACAGGAGGGAUUGAGCGAAAAAGAGACGGCAGUGCUGAGAUACACGGAUGAAGUCACGGUUGAUGUCAAGGUGAAGGACAAUACCUUCAAGGACCUGAAGGAAUUCUUCAACGACAGGGAGGUACUAGAGUUGACCACGGUCAUCGCUGGGUAUAAUGCUGUCAGCAGAAUUUUGGUACCACUCGAUGUUGGCGAGAAUAAUGACAAAAGCAUGAAGACUGUCCAGCAGUUAGUGGAUGACUUGAAGGGCUGA